AUGAGGCUCAUCAUCUCCAUCCUCCUGGCCUUAGCUGGCGAUGCAGUUGCUCAGCAUGUUCAUAUGCACAUUCCAGAAGUUUCUCGUUACAUAUCUGCCAUAGAGUCGGAAUUCUCGGCAUGGUAUCAUGGACCCAGACCAACAAUCACUCGACCAACCCAAGCUCCGCAUCCUUUCCAUAGCCCGACUCCAUCAGCCAGUUGCGCAUAUUGGCUCGAGGAUAUUAAACAUCAAGGCAUUGCGGCUUUCAAUCCUGACCCUUCCUCCUACCAAGUGUUUCGCAAUGUCAAAAAAUUUGGGGCGAAAGGCGAUGGCAUUACUGAUGAUACCGCCGCAAUUCAAGCUGCAAUUAGCUCGGGUGGACGUUGUGCACCAGGCUCAUGCAGUUCAACAACGACCACUCCAGCAGUCGUUUAUUUUCCUGCUGGCGUUUACAUGAUCUCCUCGUCCAUCAUCGACUAUUACUACACUCAAAUGAUUGGAAAUCCGAAUUGUGUGCCCACGAUCAAGGCUUUCGCUAACUACACUGGAGCAAAUGGCCUCGGUCUUAUCGACGGUGAUCAAUAUGGCGCGAAUGGUCUCGGAUUUGGUGCUACAAAUGUUUUCUACCGUCAGAUCCGAAACUUUGUCAUUGAUACCACUUCCGUUCCAGCGAACCAGUCGGUGACUGGCAUUCAUUGGCCAACUGCUCAGGCUACCUCACUGCAAUUCAUCACCUUCAAUCUGAGCCAGGAAGCAGGCACACAGCACCAAGGUGUGUUCAUCGAGAGUGGAUCUGGUGGCUUCCUCGGCGACUUGGCUUUCCACGGUGGAUUGUAUGGCAUACAGAAUGGCAAUCAGCAGUUCACACAAUCACGACUCAACUUCACAAACGUAGUGACUGCAAUAAACCAACUAUGGGACUGGGGUCAGUAUCAGAGUGCAUUGAUUCUAGUGGUGCAUUUUCUGAUUGGUUCCNNAGGCUGGCUUUAUCAAGACAUCAACAUCGAAAACUGCUCUAUCGGCAUCAAUAUGUCAUCAGGGGGCUCGGCAGCCCAAGCUGUAGGGUCGGUAGUGUUGGUCGACAGCACGAUCAGCAAUACUCCGAUAGGCGUCAUCACCGCACACGACUUAACCUCCCAGCCUGCGGCUGGUGGCAGCCUCAUUUUAGAAAAUGUUGCAUUAAAUAAUGUGCCAAUCGCUGUUCAAGGCGCUGGAGCAAUCACGGCACUUUCAGGUUCGUCUGGUUCGAGCGUCAUCAGUGCAUGGGGUGAAGGCCAUGAAUACACGCCGAAUGGACCCACGAACUUUGAAGAUGCCUUCCCGGCAAACGCCAGGCCUGCUUCACUCAUUGCUAGAUCUGGAUGGUACUCCUCUGCCUCACUCGUUCCUGGGUCAAAAUACUACUCCCAAGCUAAGCCUCAGUACCAACAAUACCCAGUCUCAGCGUUUAUUAGUGCUCGCUCUUCUGGUGCUACAGGAGAUGGUCAUACGGACGAUACAACAGCUCUCCAGACUGCCAUGAACGUCGCAACCGCACGAGGAAAGAUUCUGUUCCUCGAUCAUGGCGAUUACAAAAUAACCCGUACUCUUACCAUUCCGGCAGGAGCUAGGAUUGUUGGUGAAAGCUACAGUGUCAUACUCUCGUCCGGCGACUUCUUUAACAACAUUAACUCUCCACAGCCGGUCCUGCGUGUCGGACUCGCCAAACAGUGGGGAAGAGUAGAACUUUCGGAUAUAAUAGUAUCGACGCAAGGCCCACAAGCUGGUGCAAUUCUGGUCGAGCACAAUCUUGCAGCACCACAAGGCAAUCCGUCCGGGUACUGGGAUGUUCAUAUGCGUAUCGGCGGCUUUGCAGGAUCCGACUUGCAGAUUGCAGAGUGCCCAACGACACCGAACAUCACCACUCCACCCGCGCCUGUGAACUCGGAUUGCAUUGCAGCCUACAUGUCGCUGCAUAUCACUCCAGACGCAUCAGGCUUCUACGCCGAGAAUAAUUGGCUCUGGACGGCUGACCACGAUAUCGACGACCCGCAGCUAACACAGUUGACCAUAUACACUGGCCGCGGCCUUCUGGACCAAAGCGCGGGCCCUGUCUGGCUUGUUGGUACUUCCGUUGAACACCAUUCAAAGUACCAAUACCAGUUCUCUGAUGCGUCUGACGUCUUUGCUGGCUUUAUACAAACAGAAACACCGUUAAGCCUCCGCCACGAUCUUUCAUAUUUAUCUGAAACUAACAAUUUGGUAUCAGANUACUAUCAACCCAACCCUCCAGCUUCAGAGCCCUUCCCGUACGUCGCAGCCAUCGACGACCCCUACUUCGCUCCUGUGGCCCGGGCCGUCAACUUCACGUCUUCUAACACCUCGAUUCCCACCGAAGACGCCUGGGGUCUUCGCAUCGUCAACUCCAAAGACAUACUGAUUUACGGCGCGGGUCUUUAUUCCUUCUUCGACAAUUACUCGACCAACUGCUCGGAUCAGGGCAAUGGAGAGGUUUGUCAGAAUCACAUUGCGGAUAUCGAGGGUAGCCAGGCUGUGAGCAUCUACGCUUUGAACACGGUGGGUACACACUAUUCGGUGCAGUUGGAUGGAGUCGAUGUGGCAUUCUACAGCGAGAAUCUGGAUGGUUUCGUGGAGACGAUUGCAAUUUUCAGGACCACAUGA